CUAUCUUUGUCACGGUUUCACACAUAAAAUACCCAACUAUCCCACCCCUCAUCACUGAUCGACCCAAGCUGACUACCACCAGCCAUCCUUUCAGAGUCACGAUGAAGUCUUUGAAGCUCACUUGGCACCAUGAACUACUAGCAUUAGGCGGUUUAUCGUUGCUGACGACCCUACGCGACUCCUCUUUGCAGACUGCCGCCCGUUAUCUGAUCAUUCUGCUCGUGGCGCGGCACUUUCUCAAGCCGCUGUAUUACGUCUUUCUUUACCCCUACUUUUUCUCCCCCCUCAGACAUCUCCCAGGACCAAAGGACCACCACUUCUUACUCGGCGAACUCGUAAACCAGGCCAGGUCAGGAAACCCCAUUGAGCCUUAUCUCUCAUGGACACGCCAAUUCCCAGAUGAGCCGCUCAUCAAGUUCACCGGCUUCGGCAACCAGGACUGCCUCCUGAUCAAUAAUCUCGACGUCUUUAAAGUGGUCUUUCAGACAAAGAGCUACUCUUUUGUCAAGGCGCAGGCAAACAGCCGCAUCAUUAUACAAGUCACGGGAGUAGGAGUAGCGUUUGCUGAGGGAGAGUCGCACAAGGCUCAGAGAAAGUUGUUGUCGCCCUCAUUCUCUCUCGCCAAAAUCAAAAAGGCGAUCCCAGUCUUCAGGAGCAAGGGGGACCAGCUCGCCCAACUCUUCGAUGAUGAGAUCAAGUCUCAACAGGGUAUCGUAGACAUGUCUCAAGCCUUCGGCCGCGUCACGAUUGACAUCAUAGCAUGGUGGACUCUCGGCGUCGACCUCAACGCAACCCUAACACACUCCUUCUUCCACCAAGCCUACCACCGCAUGUUCGACCCGACCCUCUUUGGUGGCGUUCUCAUGGUCAUGAACGCAUAUCUCCCGGGAGUUCGCUCGCUCCCCUUUGAAGAGAACAAGAUCUACAACGCCUGCAACCAAGGCGUCCGCACGCGGAUGCGAGAAUUCAUCCGCGAACGCUUCGCAGAGAUCGACGAGGUCGGCGGUGCCGAAAAGGUCCAAGAAAAACCCGAUCUCCUGACGCACAUGAUUCUCGAGUCGAGAUCCAUCGGCAAACCCUGGUCCGAAGACGAAAUCCUCGAAAAUUGCCUCAACAUGAUAGUCGCAGGCCACGAGACCUCCGCCACGACGCUCACCUGGGGAACGCACAUCUUUACGCUCUAUCCGCACAUUCAAGCCCGGGCUAGAGCCGAGGUCCUAGCCCUUCUCAAGAAAACUCUGAAUCCGGACUACCUCGACCUCGAGCAAGGCCUCCCCUUCAUCGACAACCUCACCCGCGAAAUCCUCCGCUUCUACGCCCCCGGCGUCUGCGCUGCCCGCGAACCGCUCGAGGACAUCACCCUCGCGGGCACUUUUGUUCCCAAGGGCACACCCGUCUACAUGUUCCCUGCCGUCAUCACCAGGAACAAACGCAUAUGGGGCGACGACGCGGACGUGUUUGAUCCUGACCGAUGGGACCGUCUCACGGGGGAGGCGGCGAGCAGCCCCCUCGCAUUCGCGACGUUCUUGGCUGGCCCGAGGCAGUGUAUCGGAAAGGGAUUCGCGCUGAUUGAAAUCAAGGUGCUUUUCAUGGAGAUUUUGAGCAAUUUCAAGUUUGAGGCCGCGGUGGAUCCCAAAGAUAUUGAGCUUGUUAAUCCUAGUCCUGUUCUGAGGCCCAAGGGGGGUUUAAAGAUGAAGGUUCGUCGGCUGGAGGCGGGUGAUUUGGAGGAUGCGGCCUUGUGAUGAAUCCCCACGGUCUCGUAAAGGUGUUUGUGAACCAGUUCCUUGUUUCAGUAUAUGUUUCCCUGGUGGCCUGUUGAUUUUGGAGACUGGUAGCCAUAAAUAGCCUUUAUCUGAGUCUCAACGCGAGUGGCUGACGAGAUGAUCUACCGCUCACAUGUCCCGAGUUAUUAGUAAUUUCCAUGCUAUCAUCAAG